UUGCGGAAAAACCUGUUUGCUGGUGGCUCUGACAGCCCUUACUCCAAAGCCAUGAGGGGCCAGAUCACCCUGUCCCAGCUCUUUUCGGAGAUGGACGAGAGCUGCAGGCAACACGCCUCUGCCUCAGGCAUCGCCCUGCCGCCCGCCUUCUCUGUCGCCCGAGCUUUCGAGGAGAUGGCAACCAAGGGGACGGUCAACACCCCGCUUCUGCGAGCGGCCGGGGUGCUGAGAAGGAACGGAUUUAAGACUGGUGUCCUCACCAACAACUGGGUGGACGACAGCUCCGGGCGGCUCUUCCAGAAGCCAGAUCCUGAGAACUACACCUACGCCCUGGAUGCGAUGCAGGUGAAGCCGAAGGAGGUCAUCCUUCUGGACGACAUCGGGGAGAACUUGAAGCCAGCUCGGGAGAUGGGCAUGGCCACCAUCCUCGUCAGGGACAGCGAAACUGCCCUGAAGGAGCUGGAGGAUCUCUCAGGUGUCCAGCUUCUCGCCCAAGAAGAGCCGCUGCCGACUGCGUGUGAUCCAGCCAACGUGACCCACGGAUACGUCCCCAUCCGGCCCGGUGUCCAGCUGCACUUCGUGGAGAUGGGACACGGCCCCGUCGUCUGCCUCUGCCACGGCUUCCCUGAAUCCUGGCUCUCCUGGCGCUACCAGAUACCAGCUUUGGCUGAUGCUGGCUUCAGGGUGAUCGCUCUGGAGAUGAAGGGCUACGGGGAGUCCACGGCCCCGCUGGACAUAGAAGAAUACUCCCAGAAGCAGAUUUGCAAGGACCUGGCAGUUUUCCUGGACAAACUGGGCAUCCCGCAGUGCGUGCUGGUCGGCCACGACUGGGGGGGUGCCGUGGUUUGGAACAUGGCCCUCUUCUACCCCGAGAGGGUGAGAGCCGUGGCCUCGCUGAACACCCCGUACCGACCCGCCGACCCCACCGUGGACAUCGUGGAGAAGAUGAAGAGCUAUCCCGCUUUUGACUACCAGUUCUACUUCCAAGAGCCGGGCGUCGCUGAAGCGGAGCUGGAGAGGGACGUCAGCCGGACCCUGAAGGUCCUGCUCCGCUCCGCACGCCAGGAG